AUCCACAGCUUGCUCAGAGUCCCAGACGACGAGCCCACUCACCGACUACGCAUACUCACACAUAUCAAUCUAAGCGAUAUAAAUCUACCAUCUCACCGACGGAUCUCGCGCAUCAUUUUCAGGAUGGCGCCUCCUCAACGCCGCAGGGUAGGCGCACAGCCAAAAUCGCAAUCAACCCUCGCAUUCCACGGCGCAUCGAACCGGGUUACCAAACCAGGCGCCCGCGCACUCAAUGUAAAGAAGAAUCUCGUCGAAAAAUCAGCGAUAAACGAUGCAAAGGACGUCGUGGACGUGGUAGACGUUGAUGAUGCAGAGGAACAGCACACUACAGGCGAAGCUGCCAUCAUCCAACAGACUGUGCAAGAGGAGGAACAUGAGGAUACGCCUGAAGAAGUGGAAGCGAAGAAGACAACGCCCAAAGCAAUCCGAGCUUAUUUGGAGAAAGAGGAGAAGUCACACAGCAUUGCCCCGAGAGCGCAUCAGAAGGAUCUGAGCGUGGAAGAGAGAAUGUUGCGCAAGUUCGAUCUCAGUGGACAGUAUGGUCCUUGCACUGGGAUCGCCCGGCUCAAGCGCUGGAAACGUGCGCAUCGGCUUGGACUGGAGCCAUCGGUGGAGGUGCUCGCGGUGUUGCUUAAAGAACAAGAAGGAAAGGACAAGCUGACAGUUCAGAAGUCGUACGUGGACGAGCUGUUAAACUCACAAGCGGAGAUUGACGUAUAA